CGUAACCAUACUUCUUUCUACAUAUCAUGGCUUCUUCUAAUCUGUUCCCUGCAAUUGGGCAAGUUGCCGACCAGGCUGAUCUCGUGAAGCAUCCGGAGAAUGAGCAGGCAGGCACGGAGGCAGAUGGCGAUGAACGACCGGUUCAAGAGAUCGAGUCCUUAUGCAUGAACUGCGGCGAACAGGGCGUGACACGUUUGCUACUCACCUCCAUUCCGUUCUUCCGUGAGGUUGUCGUGAUGUCUUUCCGAUGUGAACAUUGUGGCCAUCAGAACAACGAAAUACAAUCAGCGGGAACUAUCCGACCGGAAGGCGCGGUUUAUACUGCGCGGAUUCUCGCUCGGGAAGACCUUGACCGGCAGCUCGUGAAAUCAUCCUCCUGCUCAGUCACAAUUCCCCAGUUCGAGCUCACUAUUCCUCCGGGCCGGGGCCAACUCACGACGGUUGAGGGUUUGCUGCGAGACGUCGUCGCCGAUCUUGGCGCCGAUCAAACUCUGCGCAAAAUACAAAACCCGCCCGCGUAUGAGAAGAUCCAGCAAAUACUUGACGCAAUCAAGGACAUCUUGGCCGACUCUGACGACUCCGAAGAGGAGCAAGAGACUACGGGGCAAAAAGAGCCGAAGGUGAAACCUUCGCAACGAGACGUGCCCAUGAAGCCGUUCAGUAUUAUCCUGGAUGAUCCUGCUGGCAACUCCUUCAUCGAGUUCGUCGGAAGUAUGGCCGACCCGAAGUGGAAUAUGCGCACCUAUCACCGAACCAAAAAGCAGAACAUUCAACUUGGCUUGGCUUCUGAUGACGCCGCUGACGACGCUGAAGAAACUAGCGUGGGAUUGCCCGAUGAAAAGGCUGCCAUGGAUAAAAUCAAAGAACAUAUCGAUCAAGCUGGCGAAGGGGCCGAAGGAGACGAUAACGACGAGAUAUAUGUCUUUCCAGGACCGUGCUCCAGCUGCGGCCAUCCCAUCAAGACGCUGAUGAAACGGGUCAACAUUCCAUACUUCAAGGAAAUCAUCAUCAUGUCCACGAAUUGCGACCAUUGCGGGUACCGAGACAACGAAGUUAAGUCAGGUUCAGCCAUAUCCGAGAAGGGGAAGCGCAUUACUCUCAAGGUGGAAGAUCGUGAAGAUCUCAGCCGAGACAUCUUGAAGAGCGAAACGUGCGGAUUGUCGAUCCCGGAGAUCGAGCUCGUUCUUCAGCCUGGUACACUUGGGGGCCGAUUCACGACCCUAGAGGGCAUCUUGAAUCAAGUAUAUGAAGAACUCUCGGAAAAGGCUUUUGCCGGCGACGCGUCAACAGCACAAGAGAAGAGCACGUUCGAGAAUUUCCUGCGUGGGCUUAAAGAGGUCAAGAACGCCGAACGGCCGUUCACAGUGAUCAUCGACGAUCCUCUCGCGAACUCAUACCUUCAAAAUAUCUACGCUCCUGAUCCUGACCCGAACAUGACCAUCGAGCUAUAUGACAGGACGUUCGAACAGAACGAAGUACUCGGUCUGAACGAUAUGAAAGUGGAAGGUUACGAAGCGGAUGCCCAAGCGCAAACAUGAUCCGCGCCUGGCAAAUCAUCCUUGUUGCCUUUCCAUUGUACAAUAUAUAUUAGUAUCACCCCCCAUUUCGACUAUAGAUCUAUAGGUGUG